CAUUCCCGUCCAGUGUUCAGGAGUCUCGGUGACCAUCGCAGAGACCAUCUUGUCAGGUGUAUCAGUAACGAGCAAGAGAAAAUGCCGUAUCGUCGUGAGCUUCAAAAUUUACUUGAACGCGAAAAGAUGAGUCUUCCUGUUGCAAAAAGGGGUAAGGACAACAUCAAUGAGGGAAACUAUGAUUUAAAUGUAUCUAAGGAGGCUAAGAGCAUCAUAGAGAAGAUUCUUGGUGAUGUCAGCAAGACAUCAGCUACAAAACAGAUCAUCCUUGGCACAACAUCAGGAUGGAUGACGGGAUUCUUAACAAUGAAAGUAGGGAAGGUUGCAGCUUUCGCACUUGGUGGUGGAAUAAUAAUUCUUCAGGUUGCGGCUCAUCAGGGAUACAUCAACAUUAAUUGGGACAAGAUUCAGAAGAAAGCUGAGAAGCUCACCGAUAAGGUCGAAGAGAAGGUCACUGGUGAAGGACCAAAGUUCAUGGAUAAGGUGGAAAGGUUCGUGGACAAGAAGCUGGACAAGGCUGAGCAGCUAUUGAAAAAUGGGGAAUCACGCACCAAACGCUGGUAUCACUCAGUAACCGGUGAUACUACAUUCAGACCAAAGGAGAUUCACUUCUUCCUGGCAUCGUUCGCAGCAGGACUCGCGUUUGGCUUCGCGACAGCUAACUAGGUAAUAGCCUGCUGCGUUUCGGACACAAGGACAAAACCUGGUGCGCAGCUUCUAGAAAAAAGUCCCCUCCCCGCAACCGAGUUAUCUGGUAAAGCCAGAGAGACCUAUGAUAAAUUUCUUGAGGAAUUGCAAAUGAGGAUGGAGGAAUUCAAGGACAAACUAGAGAAUCUGCUGGGCUGGUUAUUAAUCUACACCAGGGAGAAGCUUUCAGACUUACGUAACGUAAUCGAAUCUCAACAAAAUAUUGGAAAGCUGCCGACUAUCGACACACCGAAACAGUCGUGAAAGACUCGAUGAUGAUUUGAUCGAUGUCUUAAAAGAAAGCGCAGCAGCAGUAAUUAUUUAGUGUCUCUAUCUUUAGUCUUUAGACAAGAGAAAAAUAAUGAAAAGAGAAAACAAUAUUGUCAUCUUAUUUUCUUGUUGUUGAGUAUUAACGAAGUUACGCAGAAUCAUUUAAAAAUGAAUUAGAUCAAUUUUCCACGUACUUUCUGCGUUUGACUCAUGGCAAUUUCUAUGGUACUUUGAGACGACUGGCUAGUCUUAUUUAUUGUUUUAAAUCCGCGUCUACUUAACGUUCUCUAUUGUUUAGAAACAAUUUACACGAAGAUAUCACCCUUGACUUCAUAGGUUUGAAUCAAGCAAGUGAAAAUCUAAUCUAAAUCGUUAAUAAUACAAUAACUCACCUAGUCACUUCAUGGUAUCGAUAUUCUUCCCGCACAGGCUUUUGAGACACUAACCGUCACUCGUUCAUGUUUUCUACGUUUUAUAAAGCGGUACGCGACUUCUCACUGUGUACUGGAAAGUAAUUAAAAGUAAUCGUUCACCAAAAAAAAACCCGAGCAACUACGUUUCUCAGACCAGCGAUGGAUUGUUAUUUACAUGAAUUUGUAAUUGUAGUCUGACUAUAUACAUUUUUUUUAUCCCAUACAAAACCGUAUGGUAGAUAUACAACAGUUAAUACUUUACCGCUGUAUACCAGAACAUGUAUUGUUAAAUAGUACUAUGAUAGAUGCAGUAGUUAGUAGUAUAACGUAUAAUUGAUGAUCAAUGGGUAUGGAACUGUAGCAAGAUGUAAAUCCUUUGCUUUAUAGAAUAAUGAAGAAUAAAUCUAAUCUCCUUA